AUGCCUGACUACGUCAUCCAAGGCUGCACAGUCCAGGAUGCCGCAGACGUAGCCCGCAACAACAUGUCGUCCUUUUGGGAGGACCAGAACUGGCGCAUCGUCUGGAAGCACUCGACCCUGCCUCGCGUCAUCGAGGCGUGCACCGCCCGCUCGCCCCGGAACCUCCUCAAGGACCGGGCGCUCCUCCGCCACUUCAAGGCCGUCGACCCGGAGACGGGCAAGUUCCUCGGCUACGCCCGCUGGAAGCUGCCACCCGGAUACAACCUGCAAGAGGACGGCAGCCCCACCUGGCCGGAGGGCCAGACCCCGGACGUCACGCCCGAGGAGAGGGCGAAGAUCGAGGAGGUUGCGGAUGCGGCGGUCUGGAACCCUGAUGACGAGGGGGAUGACCUUGAUGCGCCCAUCACGAGGAGGAAGAUCGAGUACUUGGCGAGAAAGGAGUACCUCAUGCUCGACUUCUUUGCGGUGCACCCUGAGAACCAAGGAAAAGGCGUGGGGACGGCACUUCUCAGGCAUGGAAUCGAGAAGGCCAGAGAGAUGAAUAUGGAUAUCUUCGUCCUGGGAAUGGUCGGGGGUUGGUCGAUCUACAAGCGCAUGGGUUUCAAGUUGAUGGAGACCGUGGUCCAGGAUGCCACGCGUUACGGUGGUAACGACAAUUAUGCAUUUCAGUUCCUGGAGUACGAGAUCAGGAAUAAGGAUCAGAAGUAG